AUGGCUUCGUCAACUUCCUCGCAGAAAUCCCGGCCUCUACUUAUCCCACAUAAGCGCGCUCUUCUACCCUCGGGAACCAACAAGUCAGACUACAAAGUAUACAAAGUCCUCAAUCCUAGCGCCAUCCCCGCAGAGACGAGCAUCAAACCAUCAUAUGAAGAGGCUAUUCAAGGGGGAAAUAAGCCCACAGAUUCAAACGAGCAUAAUAAAAGCACAGUUGAAGACGAAGACUACGAGCCCCAAACCCCACGCUUUGAAGUCUCAUUCUCUAUGCCGCCACAGCCCUUCCUGGACCCGCCAACUUGGGAAGCAAUGCUCAAACACAGCCGCGAGAGAUUAGCAGCACAGUCAAUAAAAGUUGAACCGAGUUCAGAGGCAGAGCAUGGAGAAGAGUCGGUAGAGAUGAUGAGACGACGGGUGGAGCGCGAGACGGAAUAUGGGUCUAUGGCUAUUCGUGGUCGGUCGAGUGUACGUGGACGUGGGAAGAGGGGAAGGGGGAGAGGCAAUGUCUACUGGGGUGGUAGGCACUGA